AUGCAGGUACACUCACGGAAACGUAUCAGUCAUACUACUAACAUUAAAUUAGAGCCAUAUUCAGUUGUCACCGAUACAUCAACCAUUGCAACAGAUUAUGCAUCAGUUGCAUCUAAUGAAAGUUUCUAUGAUGAAUCACAUGGCCAACCUAUUUCUGGCCCAUGGCCUAGGCCUAUAUUGCCAAUAAAAAGUCAUUCAGAAUCAAACAAUGUUCAUAAAUUAACACAGUGUAUACAACAUAGUGUGAAGAAAAGUUCGUCCGAUACAACGAUGAAUAUUGCUAUUGAUUAUGGAAAGCGAUUAGAAGAAUUUGACACAACAGCAAUUAAUAUUCCUGGAACGGGAAAAUAUGAUAUCUCUAAACAAAAGGAUGGUGUAGAAUCGGAGCAUUCUAUUCAAGUGAUAACACCAAUGUUAUCAUCAAAAGAGCAAAAUAAAUUACACUUCGAUCAUUUGCAACAACGAAUUGCAUCAUUUGCUUCACCACUUGUUAGCAUGCUUGGAACAAGAAUUGAAACAACUGAUGGUGAAUCAUCCACUGAUCAAGAUUUAGAAAUCAAUGAAACUAAUAUGAACAUUAAGACACCAAUUGUAGCACUGCAAUCAAAAUCACAAUCAAUUAUACCGAAUGAAAUACAUAAUGAAAUUGAUAAUAAAUUAGCAUCACUACCAUAUUUUCAACAAAAUCAUUUCAUAGAUUCACUGCCUAUCUCAUCGAUUUCAUCUAUGGCGAUGAAAACACAAAAAAAACUGGUGGAUAAAGCACACCAAACAUCUCACAGACAAGAGGAUAAUAGCAUUCAUUUGAAUGAUGAUGCAGUUAAGCAAGAAGAUAGCAGUAAUAAUAUUAGUAAUAAUAAUGAUGGCAGUAUUAUUAUUAUUAACAAUAGUAAUAAUAAUAAUUCGAAUGAUGCUAAUUUGGUAAAAAACAAAUAUGCUAAUGAAUUAGUAAUUGGAAUUGGAAAAAUUCUACGUGAAAAGAAUGGUGGAAUUGCAGCAUUAUAUAAGAAUGCCUUAGAAAUGCCUAAUUCAAGAUUUAGCAAAAUUUUAUAUUCUAUGAUUGCAUAA